GCCUUCCCCGGGCGGGUCGUCCCGGUGUGGGGCCGUGUCCCGCUUGUCCCACGGCACCGUAAUUCCGAGCCUCAAAUGGCACCUGCUUUCCUUUCCUGCUUCUCCUCCUUUGUUUCAGGCGAAACUCUUAAGGGAGACGGUGAGAAAACAUUGUAGCUCGAUGUCCGUCCCUCCUUUCCCCCAGCUAAUCCCCGAUCUGGAGAAUAGAGGAGGCGUGUCCUGCCAUGGUGUUGUGACAGCUAUUUCUACAAAUGCUUUAAUGGAACAGUUACGUUUAAAAUACCAACAAAGGCCAUGGACUGAAACUCUGAAACUUGUUUAUUUUUGCAUGGAUAACCCACUUCGGAGGCCUGUCAGUAAUGCUCCAGAUGGUCCAUUGCUUUCUUGCAUGGAGAAGAUAGAGAAGACAUUAAAUGCUAAAUCCAUGUUUUCUGUGAUGGACACACUGGAACUUUUAUCCAGACAAAAAGGACUUACUGUUCAUGUUAGCCCCAGUGGGACUGCCUGCUACAUAACAUCAAUGAUGUUUUAUGUAGAAAUUCAGCUGGAGAAAGAUGGAGAUGUGAUGGAUGUAAAGUUGGCUCACUUUGAAGAAGCUCCUGUGGUUUGUGAUGACUUGGUGCAGCUUCUAAGGAUGAAGAACUAUGAUGCCUUUGGAAAGAUUCUAGAAGACCUUUCAAAUAUGUAUCGAAUUCCAGGAAACAGCAAAAUGAAAGCUAAGGGAUAUCUUGCUUUGCAGGCCCUUGAAAAAGACCUUUAUUCAAUGUCUCUUCUAGACAGAACACAGGAUCUAAACAGAGUUACUGAAGUACUUAAUGGAAAAGUAGGACACCUGGUGCCAAGAACUGGAGGCACCCCAAUGAACAUUGAAUUUUACAUUUCUCCCUAUCAAGUUUUGGAAGCAGAACUAAAUCACGGUUCCCAGGUAUGUGGAACAAAAACAGUUGUAACUAUUGAAAGCACAGAUGCACUCCACAAACUCCCUCUUUCUCCAUUAAUUGUAGAUCCUCGAGCUGGAGAGGACAGCAAUCCUGCUUUUUUGCAACUGACUGAUGAACUCAGCAUGGAUUUGCCAGCUCUUUUUGUUCUGAAGUUUCAUAAGCCUGUUCCAAUGUCCUUAUCCAGUAUUGAAGAGAUACAGAGGCUCACAGGAAUUCAGAUUUCUGGCUUGAAACUAGCUCCACUGUAUGAGCUAAUUGUUCAGUCUACUCUUAAAGAAAAAUGCAGUGAAGACUUGUCUACAAAUAAAUCUUGUUUCCUUGUGUCUCUUCCAGAUUGCCCAAAGCACUGUUACUUCAUAAACAAGGGCUCAGAAAAAUCUGAUUUAGCAGGAGCCUUGGUCAGUAAAAUCCCAUUUAAUCACCCAAAGUGCGUGCCUGACGUAAUAGAGAUUCUUCGACAUCAAGUGGCAUAUAACACUCUUAUUAGCAGCUGUGUCUCUGAGAAGCAUAUAAAUGAAGAUGAUUCCGAACUGCUUUACUUUGAAGUGGUACCACACAAGAACAGCAGCUUUUCUGUCUUUUUCCUUCAUCCUGUGAAAGAGAAUUUAGCCUGUGUGGUAAUUGAUGUUAUAACCUCUAGAGAAGUCCAAUGUCACCUUCAUUUAAAUCCUCAAGAUCCAACUCUAAAUUCUAGUGAUGACUUCAUAGCAAGAGCUGUGAAACGUUGCAUGUCAGUCCCAGUUGUCAUGAGAGCUGUUUUCAGGAACGCUGCCAAGGUGAAAGCUGACAGUGAAACACAAGACAUGGACAUGGAACAACAACCUGAACCACAACUGGAGCAAACUACAGAUUCUAACAGUCUCAAAGAAAGCCUUUCUGGGGCUGGUCAGCAAGACUGGGUAGUGACAGAUAAGCCAAAUAAUACAGACAGCACAAAAGAAAAUCUCUCUACAGCCAAACUGGAAGCUCUGGGUGAUAACAGGGAAAAAAAAGUAACCCCUCACUAUGCACCGAAACUUUGUGGAGGAAGACAAUUCCAUAGUUAGUAUAGAAGCUGAUAUGAUAGACAAAAAACCUGAUGGUUUUAUAAGCAAAAAUAAAGUCUACUUAGUAAUUUGUGAA